AUUGAAUUUUAUAUUUCGUCGUUUUAAUAGCUAAUGUCUCGUCGCCCUUUGGUCGAGUGAGCGAUCUUCGCCACAGCUUAUGUAUCUCGCCGAGAACUCAUAAGAGUGGCGAAUUAUUUGGGAAAAUCGUUCCGCUUUUGAUGGUUGUGAUUUGGGAGAUUUUUGAUGCACAAUUGGGAUUUUUGCUUGCAAAACCACAUUGCUAGAAGAAUCACCUGUACGAUUUAGCGUUUGCAGUUGUCAUUACUCCGGAUAAAUCUUGGGAACAUUGUCAUCUAACGUAACCACGGAAAUAAACCGUCAAUCUCCAACCUGAGAUCAUACCACAAAUCCAGGCGAUCGAUCUAAUUAACCUUUCGAGGGCGGCGAACAUCAAAUGACAUUGAUUUCAGAUUAAUUAAAAAACAACAUGGCCGUUGCAUUUCCGGCCGAACAAAGAAUAUCAGGUGCCCGUAAAUUCAACCGCGUGUCGUAAGAGGCGACCAAAGAGGAAAAACACUCCAGAAAUAUGUUUCAAGGAAACUCACUCCAGAGGACCAGCGUCCAAAGCGUUCUGACCUCUAGAAUUUUAGGGCAUUGGCAAUUCUUGGAGUGGACAUGGCAUUGUAGACAAUGAAGGGUUUCUUGGCGAUUUUUCUACUCAUUGCUGUUACAUUAGCAGUGACAAAUGCUUAUCGAUCACCAGUUCAUAAACCUAAACCAAAACAACCAGCAUUUCCUACAUUUCCAGGUCAAGGACCGUGGAACCCAAAAAUUAAACCAUACCCAGUUAGGGUAGCAAGAUCUUCAGAGAAAAAAGGUCAUGUUAAAGUCGAAGCACAAAAAGAUGGCAAGAAGUCAUCAUACAAUGUAGACGUAGGACAUAAAAUUUACAAAAAUAAACAUGGCAGUAUAAGCAUCAGUGGAGGAGUCAGAAAGGAUCCUUAUAGUAAACCACAACAAACCAUUGGCAUUCAGGGCAGUUUCAGUUUUUAAGACAAGAGAAUACGAUUUAAACUCAACUAUAUGUAUAUUAUAAUUUUACACAUUUGUAAUGAUUUGUUAAUAAAAUUAAUAACGAAACAUUAA